AUGUCUUCCGACAUAGACUCAGCAAGCAGUGUGCAUGCUGCAGAAGACCCCUCAGGACUCCCAUUCGAUCCGCCAGGCAGCGUUCGGAUGACAGCUGAACUACGCUACAGGUAUAAUGAUGACCGCAGGCCUAUAGUGAACCAGUAUCUGCGCGGCCACCGAGUCGGGAAGGGUCAGCAUGGCGAAGUAUGGGUGUGUUGGGACUUGUCGGAGAAUCGUCGCGAACUCGCCAUAAAGGCUGUCAAACGUAAUAACCCACGCGCCGAGAAGAUGAACAUGCUCCGCAGGCGAAACAUCCCUGCGUCGUCUCACACACCACUUACAGAAAAACUUGGAAGCCUUGAACAUAAAAUACGAAAAGAAAUUGCGAUAAUGAAAAAAUGUCGUCAUGGACAUGUAGUUCGCUUGUUGGAAGUCAUCGACGACAAGCUAAAUGAUCGGAUAUACAUGGUCAUGGAAUAUCUAAGCGGCGGAGAAAUCAAAUGGCGCAACGAACAGAAUGAGCCUGUAUUACAGGUGGACCAAUGUCGACGAAUAUGCCGCGAUGUCAUACUCGGCCUCGAAUAUCUCCAUUACCAGGGAAUUAUUCAUCGUGACAUAAAGCCCGCUAACCUUCUCUGGACUGCGGAUCGCCAAAUGGUCAAGAUCAGUGAUUUUGGGGUCUCGCAUUUCUCAUAUGCGCAGCGCCUUGCGGCUGCAGGGCGUGGAAAUGCCCUAGAUGACGCUAACGACCCAAUUUUGCUGGAUGAUUCAGACCUUUCCAAGCGCGCUGGAACUCCGCCAUUUCUUGCCCCUGAAGUCAUUGCUGAGUAUAAUGGCGAUCCUUCACCCUCCAUAUCGACCUCUGCCACCUCGACCACGCUGCCAUCCUUGAGGUCUGCGCCACAUAUAGGUUCCUCUUCCACUGUCCGCCCAAACACAUCCCAGCGGCUGCAGAUUACAAAGGCCAUUGAUGUGUGGGCUCUCGGUGUCACUCUGUACUGCCUUCUUUUCGGUAAAAUCCCGUUCAGAGCCCCAGAUUCGAGCGAAUACAUGCUCUACAAUAUCAUAUGCAAAAAUGAUUGGGAGCCAGAAGACACUAUGGGUUACGAUCACCUUCCAACUGGUGGGCGGAAGCCCAAGGACAAAAAGUCUGAGGGAUUUGUUGUCAUGAAUCUUCUUGACAAGCUGCUUGAAAAAGAUUCCAACAAACGCAUGACUCUUGAUCAAGCAAAGGUUCGUCAAUUUUCAUUCUGCGCGUAUUUGCCCCAAUAUCUCCCAUUUUACGUGUAG